UGGAAAAUUGUUUCCAAGGGUUCUUGCUGCGUCCUGCAGUGGCAAUUGUGACGUGAAAGCUAAUUCAUGGAUAUUUCCCAACUAUCUCCAAUAGUUUGAUUAUAUUUCAUCAAUCCAGAGGAGGAGUAACUCUCAAACUUCAUCAAAGAAACAGUUGCUGCAGAAAUGCGGAUCAUCAUCCAUCACCUGUGAAGACGGACUACGAAGGAUAACCAACACUACGGGCUUCUUUUAGCAGUACUCCAACAGGCAAUCCUAUAAUGAAUCCAUUAUUUACUGUCCUCUACCUUUUCUUUGCCUAUAUUGUGCAUUGGAUGAGGGCGCAGUCCUCUUGCCCCACACAAGACAUCACACCCUGCAAGUGCGGUCCAUAUCUACAACGAGAUUAUAGAGUGGAUUGUUCACGUGCCAGAUCUAGUGCUGAGAUUUCCUCAGCACUAGCGAAAAGCUCAUUGCCUUCUUCUCAACUCUGGUAGCAAUCCCUUAUUGAAGUUUCCAUCUGCAAUAGUGAAAGGCAUGAAGAAACUGGAGAAGUUUUUGUGUCAAGGAGCCACCCUUGGUCCCACCCUUUCAAGCGGUUUCCUGGAAUUCCACAGCAACGCCUUGAAAUUAGUUGACCUCCGGAACAACGGAAUAUCCAGACUGGAGCCUGGAGCCAUCUCAGGUUUCAGACCUGAUACGACCAUUUACCUCAACGAAAACAAAAUCACUGCAUUGUCUGAAGAGAGCUUCCGCCCGAUGUUGGACAUCCUCUCUAUGGGAGAUGGUGUCCUUGAUCUGAGCGACAAUCUCAUCCAGUGCGAUUGUGAAAUAUCAUGGUUAAUGCUCGGUAGGAAAUAUCUAAGAAACUUAUCUGGGAAAUGUAACAAUGGAACGGAAUUGAAGGACUUCAAUUCUAGUUCGUUAAAUGCCUGUCCUCGUGAAUGCCCCUACCAGUGCAUCAACAAUUUAUGGAUAUCUCUCUGUACGCCGGGGACGGUGACUCUUUCUCAUGUGGACAACUGUCGAUCUGGAGAACUGUGCUGCCAGCUAAACAUGCGGGAAAAAACCACAACGACAUCUUCAUCACUACCAGAUAUCCUCUCUGUGUGCGGGAGAAAGAAUUACCAAGUGACAUUGUCCAAAGGAGGAAAGCCAUCACAGAUAGGACAAUGGCCCUGGCAGGCAGCCAUUUAUGACGUUCAAGAACAAGAUAUUGUUUGUGGAGGAGCACUCAUUCAAGAGCAAUGGGUACUCACAGCGGCCCAUUGUGUCUCGAUUCAGGGUACCGAUAGACCUCGGACCAAGAAAGAUAUUUUGGUUUACCUUGGGAAACAACAUCGAGCUAAUGUUGAAGACGAUGAAUACGUGCAGAUCAGACAGGUGUCUCACAUAUUUCACCAUAAGGAUUACAGCAUACAAAACCAUGACUCAGAUAUUGCUCUACUGAAAUUAACAAAGCCUUCCGUGCUGACUGAGCGAGUGCAGUUGAUAUGUCUCCCGACCAAAUUUGAUGUUUCUGACGAAAAUCUCCAGGAUGGAAUGCAAGGAUGGGUAAAGUGUGAAUUGUCUCUUCUCCCUAAAAUACAAAGUCUUCUGGAGGGACGUCGUUCAAUGGAUCCUUUUUUUUAUUGCUCAUUGUUCCAGGUUGCCGGUUGGGGGGUUGACGGUUCUGUUCUCCCUACGGCUGUCCUGACAGAUGUUCAGCUCCCGGUGAUUUCCAAUAGCUUGUGUCGUCGGGACACCGCAUACUUCACAGGGGACAUCACCGCUACUCGUACCCUCACCUCAAACAUGUUCUGCGCUGGUUAUUCUAAAAAUACAUCUCUUGAAGGUAUGCAUGAUCGCCAAUGCAGUGACGUAUUCGCGACACCUUCACGAAAAACCCAUCGAAAUUUC